AUGGAAACUGUGUCAGAGUUUGUAAGUAAAAAGGAGCGGCAGAGACAGCUCCAGGAGUAUCUGGCAGCCAAGGGCAAGCUGAAGUGCCAGAACGCCAAGCCUAAUCUAAGAGUUAACAAUAUCUUCCCAAAUCCUGUACCUUCUAAAUCUACUACUAGACCUAAAAAGGAUAGUAACAACCAUGUUUCUGUUCCUGUCAAAACUACAAGGCCACUCCAGCCUAGACCUGUCGGUGUCACUAGGACCCAGAAACCAAAGGUGGAGGCAUCAAAAGUUCUCAGCAGAACUUCAGAGUGUGUUUCCUCUAACCUAAAUUGUAAGCCUCCCAGCAGAAGUCAGCAGCAGCUCAAAACGGGAUCAUCCACUGUGAGAGAACCAUCAAAAAAAACUGUUGGGUCGCUUCACAGACGAGUAUUGAAAAUAACAAGGAAGCAGGUAGCAGUGCACAAAAAGUCUAAAGGUAAAGACUCUGAGGAGAAUGCACAGGUUGAAAAUGAAACCUUGGAUUACUUAGUAGAGGAAAUAAACAAAGAGAACUUGCCCCCAACCUUAUCAGACUCUGAGAGGAAGCCAGCUCCUGAAUUUUGCACUGUUAGUAAGGGGAAGACUAAUUCUCUUAACCUAGACAAUAGCAGCCUGGCUCCUAAACAGACCCUGAGCAAAAUUUUUAGGAACAGUGUUAUUCUGAAAGAUAGAGCUAAUAAACAGUAUUUUGGAAAAACACAAAUCAAAGAUCUACCAAUAAAAUCACAACAGCUCAGUAAAGGAACAGAUCUUACAAGACUGGGAGACAAACCUCCAAGGAUAGUUCCCUCUCAAUUUAAGACCCACAGUAGGACUCUUGCAUCAAAGAAACCAACAACCAAGGGUCAGGAUAUAAAGGUCAACAGGGAUAAAUGUGAGAGACCUGGUAAAUCUACAUUACAGUCACAAGCUGUUCAUGAACAAAAUACUAAACAUGCCAAACCCCAGACCAAUACCACUUUGGUUCAGGGAGAAAUUAACAGCAGACAUCCAAACAUUAAGCAAGACCACAAGUUUGUGACACCUUUUAGAUCCUGGGCACCAUGUGUUAGGCAAAAUUCAAAAGCCAUAUGCCAGAGACCUCAAGUGAAUGCUGGCAAUCCAAAUUCAGUAAUUCCAAGGAUAUCUCACAUAAGAACAAAUGGGACCAAUGAGAACAACAACUUCCAACAAAAAGCUCAAACUUUGGACUCUAAAUUGAAAAAGGCUCUUUCUCAAAACCAUUUUCUGAAUAAGACAGCUCCCAAGACUCGGACUGUUGGCCCCACCAUGAGUAGAAGAGUCCCAAAUGGGGCCCAGUCUAACUCGGAUAUUAACAAGAAGGCAGUAGAGGACCGAAGGAAACAACUGGAAGAAUGGAAGAAAGCUAAGGGGAAAGUCUAUAAACGGCCUCCUAUGGUACUGAAAGCCCAAAAAAAAGUAAUAGAGAAAAUGAAUGUUUCCUUCUGGAAGAGCAUUGAAAAAGAAGAGGAAGAAAGGAAUGCCCAACUUGAACUGUCCAAUAAAAUUAACAAUACUCUGACAGAAUGUCUACAGCUCAUUGAAGAGGGUGUGUUUUCUAAUGAAGUGUUUACCAUAUUGUCCAGUAUUCCUGAGGCUGAAAAAUUUGCUAAGUUCUGGAUCUGUAAAGCAAAGUUGCUGGCCCAGAAAGGCACCUUUGAUAUUAUCGGGUUAUAUGAAGAGGCCAUUAAAAAUGGGGCAGGGCCUAUCCUAGAGUUGCGGGAAGUUGUUAUUAAUAUUUUACAAGACCAAAAUAGGAAAUCAGAAGGAAUUACCUCUGACCCUUUCAUUGCUGAAGAGCUGAUCAAAAAGAUGGAAUCAGAAGAAUCUUCUCUUUCACCGGAAGAGGGGGUACAAGUUACAGCAAUACCCCAAGUAACCAAGGAAGGCCAGGAUACCCAUCCGGGCAUCAAAUUACAAAUUAACCCCAUUCCUAGGCUAAUUGGAAUGCCAGAAGUGCAGGACACGAAGCUCAUCACCCCUGUCCGGCGUUCGGGGAGGAUCGAACAUGCUGCGUCCCGCUAUCCAAAAAUGCUACAGGAGCAUGACUUAGUAGUGGCUUCCCUCGAUGAACUGUUGGAAGUAGAAGAGACAGAAUGCUUCAUCUUCCGCAGAAAUGAGGCUUUGCCUGUAACGCUAGGCUUCAAGGUUCUGGAAUCCUAA